AUUUCUUUUUCUUCGUGUUCUUCAUCAUUGCCUGGUUGGACAGAAAGAACAGACUUUUUCAAGGAUAAAAAAUCGAAAAAAUUCUAAAAUUUACACAGAAUGGUCGAUACAGCGCGGCAACUACUUGACGAGUUAAUGGGCCGAAAUCGAAAUUUGGAUCCAUCGACGGCAAUUUGUAGGAAAAUCAAUUGGGACGACCCAGAGUUCUGCUUGUACUUUUUGGUAAAAUUUUGUCCGCAUGACCUCUUUGUCAAUACACGAGCGGAUCUUGGCGCAUGUCCUAAAAUACACGACGAGGAAGCUAAGAAACUGUAUGAUGAAGCACGUCCUAGCAAGCGGAAAAGGAACUAUGAAGACGAAUUUCUUCGGUUCUCGAACCACAUGCUGAACGAGGUCGAUCGCAAAAUAUCGAAAGGAAAGCAACGGUUGCUAUUGAUGAACAAGGGAGACGGUGCCCCAGUUUACGUGUCUAAGUUCCAAGAGCAAUUGAACAAUUUGAAUGCUCGAAUUAAGAAACUGAUUGGCGAAGCUGAAGAAGCUGGCAACCGCGGUGACGUCGACCAAGCGCAAGGUUUAAUGACACUUUGCGAUCAGUUGAAAGAGGAAAAAGAGGCUCUGGUCAAUCAGCACGAGAAUGGAGGUCCACCGCCAACUAGUCCCAGCAAUGCCACCUCAUCAGCAUCUGGACCGGCUGCGUGGAAUGAUUUUACGUCAACCGAAAAACAGAUGGAAGUUUGCGAAGUUUGUGGUGCAUUUCUAAUAGUCGGUGAUGCACAACAACGGUUAGAGGAUCACUUGACGGGAAAACAACAUAUGGGAUAUUCGAAGCUGCGAAAGGCUGUCGAUGAAAUGUACGAAAAGCGUCGAAACAUGGACCGAGAUGAAGAGGACCGAUUAAACAGUGAUGACAGACGAAGUAAAUCAGAUAAUGGUAACCGAGACCGGAGAGAUGGCAAAAGGCGUGACGAUUACGAAGACCGACGUCGUGAUCGCCGAGAUGAUCGCAAUAGACGAGACUAUGAUAGAGGAUCAAAAGAUCGCCGAGAUGGACGCAGCAGUGAGAGUGAUCGCCGGGGCGACGGUGAUCGUCGAGGGGAUCGAAGUCAUCGAGAUAGAGAUAGGAAUCGUUACAACCGAGAUGAUUACCGAGGUGAUCGUGACCGUGAUGUUGAUCGUGACCGCGAACGCUGUCGACGUCGCAGUCGAAGCAAACAUUAGAAUUUUUUCAGCAACUUUUCGGCAUUUAAUGAGGUAUCCUCAAACCAUAACCAAAACACAUCAAACUACACACAGGUGAAGCCAUAAUUUAAAAGCAAAUCCAAUACUCAUCUUCCCGUACAACCGACUCGAAACACACACAAAAAAAAAUCAAACAAAAAUUUCAACGUCAAUCAACCGCUGGUGGCACAUUUUCAAUAAAGAUGAUCGUGAAGCAGCAGAGGUGGAAAACGCAUCGUUCACACACGACAUGGACGGACAUAUUAAAUGAGGUGCGCCAUUAAACAAAUUUAAUUAUUUUUAAAAUAUUAAUUCUAAUUUUAAUGAGACAAAAACGGAGAAAAAAAAACAUUUUAAUUUUAAUGGCAACUUACGUUGAAU